AUGUCGGUCUCUUGGCCAUCCUCCACGCCGCUUUGCUUCAUUCAUACUCUACCGAGUCGUGCCGCCGCCGCCGUCCGCCAAACGUUGGCCAACGUAGCCGGCACUCAGGAGCCCAUCUACGGCCCUUCGGCCAUCCGUUCCGUGGCCGAGGAAGCCAACGAGACUCCCUUUACCGAGCUCACCCGCCAUGACUUGAAGUGGGUGGCCAUGGAGUCGACCUGUGUCGAGACCCAGAGCUUCUACCUGGUGUCGGAUGACGGUCACAUCGGCCUGGCACAGGUCAUCUACAGCAACGUUGCCGGCGUGCGAACGACUUGCCAGUUCAACUCCAAGGUCUUCUCUAAAGAUGCCUCCAAACCCCACCUGUGGUGCUCAAACCCUCUGAACAACUUCGAAUUCAACGAGGAAAAGACUUCCUGCUAUGCCGACGACUGCGCGCUCGAGCUCUCUGAAGACGGAAAUGAAUACACCAUCAAGAGCAUGAACGACCCGAGGUCCAUUGUCAACCUCAAGAUCACCAGGACUGCCCCCGGCUUCAAGGCCGGCAAGAGCGGCACGACAAAGUAUGGCACCGACCUCGAGAACCCCUGGGGAACCUUGCGCCACGCCUUCUGGCCCCGGUGUGCUGCCGAGGGCACCAUCACCACUCCUGAUGGAGCCAUCGACUUCAAGGGUCAGGCCAUGUACUCGUUUGCCCUGCAGGGCAUGAAGCCACACCACGCCGCCGGCAAAUGGAACUUUGCCAACUUCCAGGGCCCCAACUACUCGGCCAUCAUGAUGGAGUUCACAACCCCGCCUUCGUACGGUUCCACACUGGUCAAUGUCGGCGGCAUCGUGAAGGACGGUCAGAUCAUCACCGCCGGCCCCGGCCACGAGGCUAUCCAUACCGACGUAAAGAAGGAUUCGGAGAACGAGUGGCCCGAGCCCAGUUCUGUCAAGUUUGAGUGGACGGGCAACAGCACCGACGCCAAGCCCGUCAGCGCCGUCCUGGAGGGCCCUCUAGGAGGCCGGACGGACCGCGUGGAUGUCAUGGCCGAGGUACCUGGCUUUGUCAAAACGCUCGUCGCCGCCGCCGCCGGUACGAAGCCGUACAUUUACCAGUAUACACCAAAGAUGACCCUCAAGCUCAAGAUUGGGGAUGAGCAAAUUACCGAAGAGGGCCAGCUAUUUAUGGAGGCGACGUUUAUCACGGAAUAA